AUGGGCUCGAACGGAUCAAUCCACAGGGCUUCCUUCGAGCAGGCGAUCGACGCUUGUGUUUCCCACCCGGACGGCCUUCAGCACGCCGGCGACCUGAUCUCCAGGAUGAAGAGCGUUGGCCACGAUCUGCAGGCCGACCACUACAACGUCCUCAUCCGCGGCUUCGGGGACGCGCGGAACCUGGGGGCCGCGCUGAACGUCUUCCAGACAAUGCGGGAAGGUGUGGCAGUCGGGGGGCCCGGGGGUGGGGCGCGAAGCCGCACGCUGGGGUGGGAAGUGGAAGAGGACAUGUUCGCGGCCCUCGUAGGAGCUUGCACCAGGAGGUGA